AUGUCGGUGAUUUUGGAUGAGAAAGGCGAGAAUAACGCUCAUGCGCCACAAGAACAACCUUUUACAGGCGAAAAAGAGGAUGGUUAUGUCAAUUGGAAACCUGGGAGACAGGAAUUGAUGAUUUUGAGUUGUCUGGCAAUCGUAUCAAUGGUUGUAGCUCUCGACGGGACGGUCCUUGUUCCCGUUCUCCCAACAAUUGCUUCGGAAUUGCACGGAGAUACAAAUGAAGCAUAUUGGGUUGGAACAGCAUACCUCCUAUCAUCCGCCGUGUUUCAGCCGCUCUUUGUGGCACUUUCAGGUGUCCUAGGACGACAGAUCGUGCUGUUUAUGUCCAUUGUGCUAUUUACCAUUGGAACCCUAAUCUGCUGUCUUGCCCAAGACAUGGCCGUUCUUCUAGCCGGUCGGACCAUUCAGGGAGUUGGAGGGGGUGGUAUCCUAUGUCAAACGUUUGUCAUCACGACGGAUAUCAUUCCUCUUCGACAGCGCCCAGCAUACUCAUCCAUCAUACAAAUAGCAUUUGUGGUCGGGACGGUAACCGGUCCGCUCAUUGGAGGGCUGCUUGUUGACCACACCACCUGGCGUUGGGUUUUCUAUAUCAAUUUCCCCUUUAUGGCUGUAGGCCUUGUCAUGGUCCCGUGGGUUGUGAGAUUGCAAAGGCCUCGAAAUGGAAGCGUUUUGAAGCAGCUCAAAUCUAUCGAUUGGCUCGGCACUUUUCUGUUCAUGGGAAGUGUGUCGAGUUUUCUGAUGGGUAUCACUUGGGGCGGUGGCCAGUUCGCAUGGUCAAGUUGGCGCACUCUGUUUCCAAUUUGCCUUGGCUUGGUAGGAGUGCUGGCUACCAUUCUUUGGUUAAAGAAAGUCCCUAAAAAUCCAUUCCUUUGUCUCGCUCUAUUCCGAAAUGCGUCCUCACGGGCAAUGUACAUUUGUGCUGUUCUCCAGGGAUUACUGAUGUUCUGCGAACUCUAUUCUCUUCCGCUGUACCUUGAGGGCCCCAAGGAUAUGUCUCUCACUUUGACCGGUGUCUCUUUGAUGACAAUAACCGGAUCUUUGAUGCCGGUCAGUCUUGUGGUUGGUAUCGUUAUAACCAAGUCAGGUCAUAUUCGCUGGGCCUUGUGGUCCGGCUGGGUUUUGAUUGCUACCUCCACCGGCUUAUUGAUAUUGCUCGAUAUUGAUAUCAAAACUUACGCCUGGGUGCUCAUAUUCCUCUCGGUGGGCAUGGGCCACGGUUGUGUUAUUGUGUCGAGUAGUAUGUGUGUCCAAGCACUGGCAGCCGCAAAAGACUCGGCGCAAGCGGCAGCCAUGUACACAUUCCUGCGAUCCUUUGGGAUGUGCCUCGGAGUUGCCGUCAGCAGUACUGUGAUGCAAAACCGACUCCGUUAUCACUUGCAAAUUCGCCAUCUACCCUUGGACAUAGCCGAUAAUGUUGAAGGCUUUGUUGCAAGCCUCAGAAACAACAAGUCAUCCUACACCCCAGCAUUCAUCCACACGGCGAAUACAGCCUACGUGGAGAGUCUCAAAAAUCUGUUCGAAGUUUUAGUUGCCCUUGCUGGGGUUGGUUUGGUGGCUACACUCUUUCUCAAGUCGGUCAGCAUGAAUAAGAAGUUGGAAACCCAACAUGGGCUUCAGAAAAAGACGAAUAUCGACACUGAAGAACUGAUCCCAUAG